UCCAAGAGAAAUUUUGCACGGACUUUUAAUUUUUGGCCGGACGGAAUUGUUCCUUAUGAAAUUAAUUCAGCGUUUAAUGCUCAACAAAGAAUACGGAUUAUUGAUGCAAUAGCAGAGUUUAAUACAAAAACAUGUGUAAAGUGGAUACCAUAUGACAACAAUACUUAUAUUCACUACGUUGAGUUCGUUACUCAUGCUUUCUGCAUUUCGUUUGUUGGUAAAGUUUCGAAAAGUCCACAAAUAAUAGGGUUGACAAGCGACUGUGUGAACUCAGGAACAAUUAUGCAUGAAAUGUUACAUGCCAUUGGUUCUUGGCAUGAAAUGGCUCGAAAGGACCGAAGCAACUAUAUGACUGUUGAUAUGGAUAAUGUUGUUAAAGGAAAAGGAUCUAACUUCUUUGUAAGACAAACAAGUGACAUUACUCCAUUUGAUCCAGCAUCCGAUGUAAUGUAUGGUGUAUAUGCAUUUACAAAAAAUGGAGAUAAAACAGAAUUCUUCCAUGACUGGAGACAAGAGUUUCUUGCUGGAACUGGUAAAACUCUAAGUUUCUAUGAUAUUGCUGAUGUAACUGCAGCUUAUGGAUGUACUGAUUCGUGUGUCUCACCACCUACCUGUCAGCACGGAGGAUUUAUUGAUCAAACUUGUGCAUGUGCUUGUCCUCCAGAUUUAACUGGCACUGUGUGUCAACAACUUGAUCAAAGCAGUUCCAAUUGUGGAGGUACUAUUAAUUUAGCAGGCGGUGAAACAUAUUUCCUGACGUCACCAAAUUACCCAUCGAAUUAUGACACCGGUUUGAAGUGUGUAUGGUUCAUAAAGGGAGAUCCUGGCAACCAUAUACGAGCAACUGUUACCGAUAUGGAUAUAAGCCAUAAAAAAAAUACGUGCUAUCACUGGAUAGAAAUGGUUUAUUACCUCCUUGCAAACAGAGGUCCAGAGCGAUGCGGUACUACGGACCAUGAAGUCUGGGAUACAUCGUCCGACGGAGAAAUAAAUACAAUGAUCAUCAGAUUUAACAGCUUUGUAGCGAGUGAUAAGGCUGCUAGCCGGGGUUUUAAUAUUACAUUAGAAUCAAUUGGAACAGGAUGUGAGAAUAAUCCGUGUCUUCAUGGCUCAUGUUACAGUCCAAUGAAUUCAGACAACUAUACCUGUACAUGCAACCAGGGAUUUUUUGGAACCAACUGCGACGUACCCUCGGUGUAUUCAAUAUUCGAAUGUACUGCAGAGAUUGACCGUUACUGUAUGUUUGUUCAAUCAACUGAUGAUAAAUUUAACUGGGGCACACGAUCAGGUCGAUCUAGGCGUUAUGAUACUAGUGGAAUAUCGAGAGUAACUGGUCCUGGUGGUGCAAAAGAAGGAUUUGUAUAUCUAUAUACUACAGAAUUAGGAAACAGGAAAACGGGUGAUAAUGCAGUUAUGUCUACUGAAAUAUCUUUUCCAAAGGUCGAGCGAUGUUUGACUUUCUGGUAUCAUAUGAGCAGUUAUUAUCCAUCACAUAUGGGGACAUUACAAAUUAAUAUGACAGAUAGUACUGGAGAAGAAACUUUAUUGUUUACCCGAUCAGGAAAUCAAGGAUCAGCAUGGUUACAAGAAAAAUUAGAUAUACCAGCUGUUGAUGAUUUGAAGAUUACAAUUACCGGAUUCCAAGGACGUAGUUAUAUGUCAGAAAUGGCUCUAGAUGGUAUAUUCUUGGUUCCUGGUACCUGUGAGAGUCCUCUGUCAACACCCGCUCCAACUAAACGAUCUACUACAACUACUCCGACCACAACAACUACUCCGACUACUACAACCACUCCGACUACAACAACUACUUCAAUCACAACAACUACUCCGACUACAACAACUACUCCGACCACAACAACUACUCCGACUACAACAACUACUUCAAUCACAACAACUACUCCGACUACAACAACUACUCCGACCACAACAACUACUGCGACCACAACAACUACUCCGACCACAACAACCACUCCGACCACAACAACUACUCCGACCACAACAACUACUCCGACUACAACAACUACUUCAAUCACAACAAGUACUCCGACCAUAACAACCACAACAACUACUCCAACCACAACAACUACUCCGACCACAACAACCACUCCGACCACAACAACUACUCCGACCACAACAACAACUCCGACCACAACAACUACUCCAACCACAACAACUACUCCGACUACAACAACUACUCGGAUCACAACAACUACUCCGACUACAACAACUACUCCGACCACAACAACUACUUCGACCACAACAACUACUCCGACCAAAACGACCACUCCGACCACAACAACUACUCCGACCACAACAACAACUCCGACCACAACAACUACUCCGACUACAACAACUACUCCGACGACAACAACUACUCCGACUACAACAACUACUUCGACUACAACAACAACUCCGACCACAACAACUACUCCAACCACAACAACUACUCCGACCACAACAACCACUCCGACCACAACAACUACUCCGACCACAACAACUACUCCGACCACAACAAUUACUCCGACCACAACAACUACUCCAACCACAACAACUUCUCCGACCACAACAACUACUCAAACCACAACGACAACUGCUCCUACAUGUUACAAAGUUAUUGAAUGUGGAUUUGAACAAGGAGAAACAUGUGCAUUCGAAAACACUAAUGGCGAUGACUUCGACUGGAUUUUAUAUAAAUCAGGAUCAACAUCUACCCCAAACACUGGUCCUUCGGCUGCACACAGUGGUAACCAAUAUGCCUAUAUUGAGGUAAAUGGUCAAGGCCAGGACUCCUACGCAUUUUUGAGCUCAAAGAAUACUAACCUGUUCUCCUCUUCAUAUUGCCUCAGAUUUAGUUAUCACAUGUAUGGUCAACAUAUCGGGUAUCUAGCAGUUUACUCGCAAUAUCGCAACUCGGGCUGGUGGUCCAAACCUUGGACUAGGUCUGGAAAUCAAGGAAAUCAAUGGAUCCAAGCUAGUGUGGAUAUUACUGGUAAUACAGGGUCAGGCAUUGUUAUUGAUAUCGAGGCUUCGAAAGGAAAAGGUGGUGAUAACGGUGAUAUUUCAAUUGAUGAUAUAACAUUGUGUACCGGUUCCUGUUAGCUUGUUACACUUCUCCAUAUUGUGUGAACUGACUUUAUCCCUUUUUUAUCUGUUCUAGAAAUGUACCUGAUAGUCCAGUCUAAAUUGUCCGAAAUUCUUCUUGAAUUAUUUUUUUUUUAUAUCGGAUUAUGUAUACUUAAAACCAUUAGGCACAACAAACAGUGUUUUUAGUAUUUAAUGAAAUUUUUC